AGAGCCUCGACGGCCGCCAUUUUCUUUCUUUCUUAGCAGUUAGCUGAAAGGAGAUCUCUGAAGAAGCAGCAGCGGCUUCGGUAGUGUAGCCAUGGCAGACUAUUCAACAGUGCCUCCACCCUCCUCUGGCUCAUCUGGUGGUGGUGGUGGUGGUGGUGGAGGAGUUAAUGAUGCUUUCAAGGAUGCUCUGCAGAGAGCCCGGCAGAUUGCAGCAAAAAUUGGGGGUGAUGCUGGUACAUCACUGAAUUCAAAUGACUAUGGUUAUGGAGGACAAAAAAGACCACUAGAAGAUGGAGAUGGCUCUUGGACAAGUCCGAGCAGUACAACACACUGGGAGGGAAUGCCCUCUCCUUAUAAAGAUCAACCAGAUGCUAAGAAAGUUGCUCCUCAAAAUGAUUCCUUUGGAACACAGUUACCACCGAUGCAUCAGCAGCAAAGCAGGUCUGUAAUGACAGAAGAAUACAAAGUUCCAGAUGGAAUGGUUGGAUUUAUAAUUGGCAGAGGAGGUGAACAGAUCUCACGCAUACAACAGGAAUCUGGAUGCAAAAUACAGAUAGCUCCUGACAGUGGUGGCCUUCCUGAAAGGUCUUGUAUGUUAACUGGAACACCUGAAUCUGUCCAAUCAGCAAAACGGUUACUGGACCAGAUUGUUGAAAAAGGAAGACCAGCCCCUGGCUUCCAUCACGGUGAUGGACCAGGAAAUGCAGUUCAAGAAAUCAUGAUUCCAGCUAGCAAGGCAGGAUUAGUUAUUGGAAAGGGGGGAGAGACUAUUAAACAACUUCAGGAGCGGGCUGGAGUUAAAAUGGUUAUGAUUCAAGAUGGGCCUCAGAACACUGGUGCUGACAAACCUCUUAGGAUUACAGGAGACCCUUACAAAGUUCAACAAGCCAAGGAAAUGGUGUUAGAGUUAAUUCGUGAUCAAGGUGGUUUCAGAGAAGUUCGAAAUGAGUAUGGGUCAAGGAUAGGAGGAAACGAAGGGAUAGAUGUCCCCAUUCCAAGAUUUGCUGUUGGCAUUGUAAUAGGAAGAAAUGGAGAAAUGAUCAAAAAAAUACAAAAUGAUGCUGGUGUUCGAAUUCAGUUUAAGCCAGAUGAUGGAACAACACCUGAUAGAAUUGCACAAAUAACAGGACCUCCAGACCGAUGUCAGCAUGCUGCAGAGAUUAUUACAGACCUUCUUCGAAGUGUUCAGGCUGGUAAUCCUGGUGGCCCUGGACCUGGUGGUCGAGGAAGAGGUAGAGGUCAAGGCAGCUGGAACAUGGGACCACCUGGUGGACUACAGGAAUUUAAUUUCAUUGUGCCAACUGGGAAAACUGGAUUAAUAAUAGGAAAAGGAGGUGAAACCAUUAAAAGUAUAAGUCAACAGUCUGGUGCAAGAAUAGAACUUCAGAGAAAUCCUCCACCUAAUGCAGAUCCUAAUAUGAAGUUAUUUACAAUUCGUGGCACUCCACAGCAAAUAGACUAUGCUCGGCAGCUCAUAGAAGAAAAGAUUGGUGGUCCAGUAAAUCCUUUAGGGCCACCUGUACCCCAUGGGCCCCAUGGUGUGCCAGGCCCCCAUGGGCCUCCUGGGCCUCCAGGGCCUGGAACUCCAAUGGGACCGUACAACCCUGCACCUUAUAAUCCUGGACCACCUGGCCCAGCUCCUCAUGGUCCUCCAGCCCCAUAUGCUCCCCAGGGGUGGGGAAAUGCAUAUCCACACUGGCAGCAGCAGGCUCCUCCUGAUCCAGCAAAGGCAGGAACGGAUCCAAAUUCAGCAGCUUGGGCUGCUUAUUAUGCUCACUAUUAUCAACAGCAAGCACAGCCACCACCUGCAGCUCCUGCAGGUGCACCAACUACAACCCAAACUAAUGGACAAGGAGAUCAGCAGAAUCCAGCUCCAGCUGGACAGGUUGAUUAUACCAAGGCUUGGGAAGAGUACUACAAGAAAAUGGGUCAACAAGGGCAGACACAAGAUUAUUCAAAGGCUUGGGAGGAAUAUUACAAGAAGCAAGGUCAAGCAGUUCCUGCUCCUACUGGGGCUCCACCAGGAGGUCAGCCAGAUUAUAGUGCAGCCUGGGCUGAGUACUAUAGACAACAAGCAGCCUACUAUGCCCAGACAAGUCCCCAGGGAAUGCCACAGCAUCCUCCAGCACCUCAGGGCCAAUAAUAAGAAGUGGACAAUACAGUAUUUGCUUCAUUGUGUGGGGGAAAAAAACCUUUGUUAAGUAUAUGGAUGCAGACGACUUGAUGAAGAUCUUAAUUUUGGUUUUGGUUUAAAAUAGUGGUUUUUUUGUUUUUGUUUUUUUUUGGUUUUUUGUUUUUGUUUUUGUUUUUUUUUGCUUUUUUUUUUUGAAAAUGUACAAAAUAUCUAUCACUACUGAUAGGAGGUUGAUAUUUCUGUGUAGAAAUGAAAAUUGGUUUGUUUUUAGUAUUUAGUGUAGAUGUACACAUUCCAGCAAAUGUAUUUGCAACUAUUAUGUGGUCAAUGCUUUGUGAUAUAAAUGUACUUUUUCAAUGUAUACUUUCACUUUUAAAAUGCCUGUUUUGUGCUUUACAAUAAAUGAUAUGAAACCUCCUGUGUCGGUAAGUUGGAUAUGUGGGUAUUUUAAAGGAUUCAUAAUUUCUUAGCAAUUAUAAAUUAAGAAACAUAUACACAAAUAUAUAAGCUUUCCCCAUAAAAUACUGAGUUUUUAAACACUGGCAUGUUUUUUCCCCCUUGCAGUAUAGUGAUAGAUUGGAGGAUCUUUCCAUUUAUUGUAUUUGGCUGUUUCAGCAUAAGUGAUCCUGAUAUCUUCAUUUUUUUCCUUCUGUGUUUGAUUAAAAACUGCAUGUGUAUACAGUGAUCUUUUGGCAUACUUCAUUGCAUUAACAGUGAAAUUUCCUUUUAUACAUGGCCACUGUUUCAGACCUG